AUGACCCGGUAUCCCGGAAAACGAAAGCCUGAUACGGUCGACUUGACAGACACAGAUGAGAAUGGCACGGCGCGUGCUUCAAAGGCCAGCCGGACUGAAUCGUCUUUUGACUCCCAGGAUGUCAGCCCUGGUGUGAGGUUUGGCGAAAGCGCCGAUUUUAUUCCGUUGCCUCCGCUCUCUCAGGUUGCCUUGGCCGAGGACGAGGACGAAGAAGCUGCCGAACUUGUCCAGGGCAGUCAGGAUGAUCCUUCGACGGGGAACUUCAUGCUGUAUGGUCAAUUACCCGCAAAGAUUGUGGGCGUUCGCUUUUACAAUGGGGUUGCUACGUCUGGAGAGCAUGUUUUUUUGAAACGUGAACCCCAGAACCAAUAUGAUUCAAAUGCAAUUCGGGUCGACAAUGUCAUGGGUGCUCAGAUAGGCCAUAUCCCGCGAGGAGUCGCGGCCAAGCUCGCAAAAUACAUGGACCCGCGAGAUCUCCUUGUAGAAGGUAUUCUGACAGGACCAAAGGGCUUUUACGACUGCCCUGUGAUGUUGAACCUCUUUGGUACCAAUGAACCAACCAAAAAGAUUGCUUUGAAAAGGAACAUGCAACAGGAUAAGCUCCCAGUAUCCAAGCUUGUCCAAGCCGAGCGUGACGAAGCAAGACGCCAAAAGCAGCAAGAGCAAGAGAGGAAACAGGCUGAAAAACGUGCUCGUGCGAUGGCUCUGGGCAAAGCUGCACAACAAUGGCAGGCAAACGAGAAUUCAAUGUUCGCCAACCUCUCUGACCCAACUGGGCUUUGUGGAAGUGAGAGUCUGGAGGAAUUGCUCAGCCAAAGCAGCUCCUUCAACCCGAGAGAGAUCAGUCAGAUUGUGGAGACCUUCGGACAAAAAGAGGCGGAUUUGGCCAAGAUGCCCUUGGCCGAUUCUCCAGAGGGUCUUUCUACACAACUGCUCCCAUAUCAGCGACAGGGUUUGGCGUGGAUGAUCGCUCAAGAAUCGCCUACCCUUCCAGCGCCUGGUUCUGAUGCGGUGGUCCAGCUCUGGAAACGCGACGGUAACAAAUUUACCAACGUUGCUACCAACUUCUCAACGACCACUGCACCGCCUCUCGCGAGUGGUGGCAUCCUAGCCGAUGACAUGGGUCUGGGAAAGACCAUCCAGAUUAUCUCCCUUAUCAUGGCCAAUUCGGCUCCUCGCACCUCCGAUUCCAGCAAAACGACAUUGAUCUUAGCUCCGGUCGGUGUCAUGAGCAACUGGAGGAAUCAAAUCCAAGAGCACACCCAGAGUGAGACCGCACCACGAGUCUUAAUUUACCAUGGCUCUGGCAAAAAAGAGGCGGCCAACCUGGCAGCGUACGACGUGGUGGUAUCAAGCUACGGAGCCCUUGCAUUGGACUUCAAGCCGGAAGCGAAAAGGACUCCUGCCAAGGGAAUAUUCUCCGUUCACUGGCGCCGUGUUGUUCUUGACGAAGGACACACCAUUCGGAACCCCCGCUCAAAGGCCUCUCUUGCUGCCUGUGCCUUGCGUGCAGACUCUCGUUGGACCUUGACAGGAACACCGAUUAUCAAUACACUCAAGGAUUUGUAUUCGCAAGUUCGUUUCCUAGGACUCUCCGGUGGCUUGGAGGACCUCGCUAUGUUCAAUAGUGUUCUGAUGCGUCCUCUUACUAACGGCGAACCCGAAGCUCGACUGCUUCUCGAGGCUCUCAUGGGAACCAUUUGUCUACGACGACGGAAGGACAUGGAAUUCAUCAACUUGCGUCUACCAACCAUGGAAUCUCGGGUUCUCCGUAUCAAGUUCCAUCCUCACGAGUUGGAAAAGUACAACGCACUCCAGUCCGAAGCGAAGGGCGCUCUCAUGCAGUUCAAAGAUAAGCAAGGAGAAUAUUCCCAUUUGUUGGAGGUUCUUCUACGUCUCCGUCAAGUCUGUGAUCACUGGGCUCUCUGCAAAGACCGCGUUAAUAAACUCAUGGGCGACCUAGAGAAACACAAGGUUGUGCCUCUGAACCCCGAGAACAUCAAAGCCCUCCAGGAUAUGCUGCAAAUUCAGAUCGAGAGUCAGGAAAUGUGCGCCAUCUGCCUUGACAAUCUUGAACAGCCUGUAAUUACUGCAUGCGCCCAUGCUUAUUGCCGAGACUGUGUUGAGCAAGUCAUCGAGCGACAGCACAAGUGUCCACUCUGCCGUGCCGAUAUCGAAGACAGCUCCACUCUGGUUUCUCCCGCUGUCGAUAUGGGUGAAAGCCCCGAAACUGUCGUUGCCGACCCCAAUAACCCCAGCAGCAAGAUCGAGGCGCUCAUGAAAGUCCUAAUUGCCCAGGGCCAAGCACCGGGCACGAAGACCGUGGUAUUCAGCCAGUGGACCUCGUUCCUCGAUCUCGUCGAGCCUCAUCUCGAGCAGCGCGGGAUCAAAUUCGUCCGCAUCGACGGCAAGAUGCCGUCCGUGAAGCGCGACAAUUCCAUCAACGUAUUCUCUAAUGAACCUUCCUGCGCCGUCCUCCUCGCCAGUCUCAGUGUCUGCAGCGUCGGCCUCAACCUCGUUGCAGCCAACCAGGCCAUCCUCGCGGAUAGCUGGUGGGCACCUGCCAUUGAAGAUCAGGCUCUCGACCGUGUUUAUCGACUCGGUCAAAAGCGGAAGACGACUAUGUGGCGGCUAGUAAUCGAAGAUAGCAUUGAGGAGCGCGUCCUCGACAUUCAGAAACGGAAGCGUGAACUUAUGCUUGCUGCAUUCCGUGAGACGGCUAAGAAGAAAGCUGAGGACAGAGCUACUCGUGUUGCUGACCUCGAGACACUUUUGCAGUAA